GUGACUGACAGUUCGAGAACAAACAUGGUGGACUGAACGCGGGAAUGUUGACAAGAAAACUUUUUCCGGGCCACUUAGAAUAUUAUUGUAUUAGAAUACUGCAGAACUAUAUCUUGCUGUGUCUGUAGACAAUUAAUCCUUCUUCUAGAGAACUAUGCACCUAAGACUGGAAUGAAAUGCCCUCAAGAUCCUCUACUGGAAAAUAUCCAGAUAUUUUUGGAUGGAAUAUGAAAUGCCAAGACAAGCUUGUUGCUAGACAUAGAGAUGGAACUUGUUGAUUGCCAGCCAUAUUGCCUCCCUUAUUGGUAUCCAAUCAGAUGAUAUGAUGCAAGAUUGAAGUCAUUCUACCCAACUGUAUUAUUUUGCUUUUCAAUUCCACAAAUACUUUCAAGAUGAGCGAGUUCAAAGUCCACCACCAUGUCAGUGAGCUGUUGAAUCUGCUUGGAAUGCGAUCAGCAGACCCAGUGGGAGCAGAGGUGUAUACCGAGAUGUUACUGAAUAACAUGAAGCCCUACAUAACUACUCAGGUGUCAGCCCAUCAGUCAAAGAGAAAGAUUGCAGGCUCCACACAGACACCCAUUGAAUUUCUUGCCAAAUAUGAUGACCUGAAGGCCAAAAAUGUACGAGAUCUGGAUCCCCUGGUGUUCCUGUUGUCAAAGCUAACAGAGGAAGAACAGACAAAAGACUUCAUAGAAAAACAUGCCAAGGAGAAGGCUGAGGUGGCAGGGAUGACACUUGUCCCACACGACCGUGUCACAUCACAGUUACCUGCCCCUGGUACCAAGUUGUCCGUACAGGAACUAUCCGAGAUUCGAGACAAAUUACUGAAAGAAGCAAAAUCGGCUCCAGCCACAACAUCAUCAGAGAUCCUUACAAAGGCUCUUCGUGAAAAACAAUUAAAACGCAAUGUAAAUAUUCCUCACCAACCGGACUGGUUGUUUCAGCGACCUUCUCUGACACUGGACUUUAUCGUAGGCGUUGAUGAACCAACUGAUCAGAACAUUGUUCCCCUGGGGAGUCUGCCUCUGGCACUACAGGAACAUUCCAUCAUUGAGGACAUCCUUUGCUGCAUGCAGGGUAUUGAGGGGAAGUACAUCCUUGCUAGAGCUCUGACAGAGAGAUAUGCACCCAAGGAGUUUAUGAUUGACCAAAGUCUUGAUCCCUCCCUCCAGGAACUUGUACGACGUCAGCUACCGCUGUGUUCCAACUACUCCACAGUUGUUCGCUUUAUAGAAGAGAAAUCAGCAUUUGAGUACGGACUGGUGAACCAAGCUCUGAGUGCAGCCAUGCGUACCCUGAUAAAGGAUUACAUGAUAUUAGUGGCACAGCUGGAACACCAGAGCAGACUGGGAAACCUCACGCUACAGAAGGUGUGGUUUUACAUUCAGCCGACAAUGAGAACACUGGAAAUAUUGGCAGCAGUUGCCAACUCUGUCAACAGGGGGGAAUGUAUUGGAGGUGUGGUUUUGAGCCUUCUUCACGAGAAAACCUCCGGCUUGAUAGGGGAUUCCAAAGGCCAGGAGCUGUGUUUGUACCUCACCCAGUCAGCGUGUGUUCCAUACUUUGAAAUCCUGGAGAAGUGGAUCUACAAAGGCAUUAUAUCUGAUCCUUACUCUGAGUUCCUGGUUGAGGAAAACGAGACAACAAAAGAGAAACUCCAGGAGGACUACAAUGAUGCAUACUGGGAACAGCACUACACUAUCUGUAGGGAGCGUAUACCAGUCUUCCUAGAACAGGUCGCGGACAAGAUCUUAAACACCGGCAAAUAUCUCAAUGUAAUACGCCUGUGUGGGCGGGAUAUAAAGUGUCCCAGUGCCGAGGAGAUUGUGUAUACCCUUAAGGAUCGACGUUACACCGAACAGAUAGAACGUGCCUACAACUAUGCCAGCAAAGUCCUCCUGGAGCUCCUAAUGGAGGAGAAACAGCUGAUGGCUCGAAUCAGAUCCAUGAAGCACUAUUUCCUGUUGGACAAGGGAGACUUCAUUGUUCAGUUUAUGGAUAUGACAGAAGAGGAGAUGAAACAGGAUAUAGAUAAAAUCAUGCCAACACGUCUGGAAACAUUACUGGAGCUUGCUCUACGGACCAGCACAGCCAAUGUAGACCCCUUCAAGGAUGACCUCAGAGUGGAACUGCUGCCAUUUGACCUGAUAACCCAGCUGUUUAAGAUCCUUACUAUAGAUACAAAGCUUGAGAAAGAUUAUAGAGUGGACCCAACAGAUUUACACCUAUCAGGACUGGAGUCCUUCUCAUUUGACUAUGUUGUUAAAUGGCCAGUGUCGUUGGUCGUCAACAGAAAGGCACUAACUAGAUACCAGAUGCUGUUCCGUCACCUAUUUUACUGUAAGCAUGUGGAAAGACAGCUAUGCAGAAUUCAACAGAUUACGAAGCUUGUGUGGAUUGGGAAUAAGGCAGCAAAGAUGUACUCACUCCACUCAGCUCGCUGGUACUCUGCAGCCUUUGCCCUGCGACAACGCAUGCUCAACUUUGUCCAGAACUUUGAGUAUUACAUGAUGUUUGAGGUCGUAGAACACAACUGGCACAUCUUCCAAACCAACAUGGAAUCCGUGUCUAACGUGGACGAUGUGCUGAACUACCACACAGACUUUCUAAAUAACUGUCUCAAGGACUGUAUGCUCACCAACCCAGACCUCCUCAAGAUUGUCCACAAACUCAUGAUGGUGUGCGUCACCUUCUCCAACUUCAUACAGCGUCUCAGUCAGAGUGCCACGCUAGAAAUGGAGGAGGCUCCAUCCCGAGAAAGUUCCCUACAGGGCCUUCAGGCCAGGAACAGGAAGGAAACUUCUAACAAACAGAAGGCUAAUACCAAGCAGCUGUCUGGCCGGAACACCCCUGUGUUGGUAGUAUCCGAGCAUGUUGACCUGAUGGGAGCCAGCGAGAACUUUGAGCGGACCAUCAGUAAUUUUGACUCAAACUUCUCACGACUUCUGUUGGAGCUUCUGGAGAAAAUAAUGGACUUCAGUUGUAUCAGUGGCGAGUUCAAGCUCUUCAACAUUUUGUACAGACUUGACUUUAAUGGGUUUUACACAGAGAAGUUAGAAGCUAUGUCAGCAGAGAAGGCCAUGCUGGAGUCCUCCACACACAGUUCAGAGUCAAGUUCAGGAUCAUGGCCGACCACAUUCACAUCCCAACGACCUGACUCUGCUCGCUAUGUCCCAGGAAUGCACCGACCGGGUGUGGCGAAUGGCUCAUCUUGACCUAAUUUUGUCAGUUCUUCAUUUUCAUGUGUGUGAUGUAACAGACAUAUCACCUGUGUGACUCAGACAUCCAGGAAACUUGGAUGAUGUUAAUACAGUACUGUGUGACUCGGAAAGCCUGGAAACUUGGUUGAUGUUAAUACAGUACUGUGUGACUCGGAAAGCCAGGAAACUUGGGUGAUGUUAAUACAGUACUGUGAUACCAGUAGUAGAAACUGGGAAAUUGAACAUUGAUUUAUUACAGGCCAAUUGUUAAAAGAUGUGUGGCUUUACUGAUGGUGCAAGGAACACAUAUAUGUCUACUGGUGUAGACACGUGGACCGGUAGACAGGUGUGGUGUCACGUCCACUGGUGUAGACAGGUGUGGUGUCACGUCCACUGGUGUAGACAGGUGUGGUGUCACGUCCACUGGUGUAGACAGGUGUGGUGUCACGUCCACUGGUGUAGACAGGUGUGGUGACACGUCCACUGGUGUAGACAGGUGUGGUGUCACGUCCACUGGUGUAGACAGGUGUGGUGUCAAGUCCACUGGUGUAGACAGGUGUGGUGACACGUCCACUGGUGUUGACAGGUGGACCAGUAGACAGGUGUGGUGCCUAUAUGAUAUUGUUUAUCUAGAUCAGCAAAUAUCAACUUAUGACAUUGCUUCUCAUUAAACGUUCUGUUAUACGUUUUGAAUAUUACUGAUAAAAAAUAAAUUAUUUAAUCUCA